GAAAAUAAAAAAGAAACGGCCUUCUUCUCUCACUCUCUCCUCUCAUAAACUCGAUCCCUGAUCUCUCUCUCUCUCUCUCUCUCUCUCUCUAGAAUUCUCAUGGCGGAUCAGCUCACCGACGAUCAGAUCUCCGAGUUCAAGGAGGCCUUCAGCCUCUUCGACAAAGACGGCGAUGGUUGCAUCACAACCAAGGAACUGGGAACUGUGAUGCGCUCCCUUGGCCAGAACCCCACAGAGGCCGAGCUUCAGGACAUGAUCAAUGAGGUCGAUGCUGAUGGAAACGGUACCAUUGACUUUCCGGAGUUCCUCAACCUGAUGGCCCGAAAAAUGAAGGACACCGACUCCGAGGAGGAGCUCAAGGAAGCAUUCCGGGUCUUUGACAAGGACCAGAAUGGCUUCAUCUCUGCAGCUGAGCUUCGCCACGUCAUGACCAAUCUUGGUGAGAAGCUGACCGAUGAGGAGGUUGACGAGAUGAUCCGCGAGGCUGAUGUUGAUGGCGAUGGGCAGAUCAACUACGAGGAGUUCGUCAAAGUCAUGAUGGCUAAGUGAAGCAGUAGUGUUAUGAUUCUAAGUUUCCCUGUGUUUGUAGGUAGCUGUUUAAUUUAGCAGUUAGUUGCGGAGGAGGAGAACAUAAAUGGUGGUAUUUGUGUGUUUGUGUGCUUGUGAAUUUGUGCUUUAUUUAUGUUGGUGAUUUUUUUUUCAGUAGUUUGGAAAUUGGGCUUGGAUUUCCCUCCAGUUGAGUCGUUGCUUUUUGCAGCUCCUUGUUUAGUUGUUCCAAUCUUUCAUGACAGCAGUCGUAUUUUUAUUAUUUUUCUGCUUGAUUCUC